AUGUCGCGGCCUCGUUCGCCGGUAAGGGGCACUCCGAAUGCUCUUCAACCCCCUUCAGAUCCAACAGCAGCAGAGGGCACAAAUCUACGAUCAAGCGCUCAAAGCGGAGGCGGUCGCACUAUUGCAUCGUACUACCAAGGUCGUUACGACGGAGAUAUGUCGUACGGACACAGCACCAGUGCAGAUCCGGCUAGAAAUGGCUCUUCCAGUCUCGAUGUCAGUCCGACAAGCUCGCCUCAGAUGCACGCCGGGCUAUCACGUCGUCUUAGCAGGGGAGAUCCUAAUGCCGCUGCUCAAGUGUAUGCGGGCAGUGGUGCGCGAAUAAGAGAUGGCGAAGAUGAGCAAGAGCUAUACAUUGGCACAGUUGCCAGCCAGUACAGCACUAACCGGCGUCAGCAUGGAUCGUCAGGCAGUGCGGCCAGCUUUUACAAUCCCUUGGAAUCCUCGUUCGACGAGCCUUUUCGAUCUGCGCCUGCAGGCUCCACAGGCGAGAUUCUCGCGGGGAACCUCGGUCCAUACGCUCAAAGUGCCGGUCCCUCUGGCCAUGAACGCGACGGUAGUGCCGCUUCGGCAUGGGGCGAUGUGGGUCGCAUGCAAAGUCGACACCGUGCUUUCGAAGGAGGAGCUUCGGUCGAUACACGCGCCUACGACGGUCCCGGACCUCUCCACCUAGACUUCUCAGCGCCUCGCAUCCUCAGCGAUUCUCCUUCCCAAUCGCCAGCAAGCUUGCGUGAUCACGCUGCCCUUCCAGAUGUGCGACUCGGUGCAGCGCAGGGCUGGAGCCAAUUUGGACAGGCACAGGAGGUGCAAUCGCCCGGCGAGAUGUCAUCAGUCGCAGGAAGCCCACCGAUGGCGCCAGGAAAGCGAAGUCGAAAUCACCUCUACGCCGCAGCUUCGCCUUCUCGCAUGGAUCAGGUGGAGUACUUUGGCCAAGAUGACGUGCCUAGCGAGGGUCCGCGUCUCUCUCAUCGUUCACCUGCUGAAAUCAUCGCUGGUGCAGGAGGGGACUCUCCGCUCGUUCAAUCGGCAAGAGCUGGCUUGGACCGAGUGGGCAAGUCCAUCAGACGUGUCAGUCGCAGGGUUGUAGGUUUUGAGCAACCUAUGGAUGCUGAUGGGCUGCGGGGGCCGCACGUUCGGCUUGCUGGCGAGGAUGGCAGCGAUGCUGGUGACAACACGCGUGAGACACCCAAGACCUCGAAGAGCGAGAAAGCUCGACCCCGCGAGCAGGUCUUGCGAGGUCGGAGUCUCGGGCUUCUGGGACCGGAGAACAAGUUCCGGCGAAUCAUGGCCCGCUUACUAUCUAACAUGUGAGUGAAGUCUUCUGCGGAGUUGCCGUGUGCUGCCGUGCUGACAAUCCUCUCCUUGUCGCCUCAAGAUGGUUUGAGCCAUUGAUUCUUUGCUUGAUCAUCGUCGUUCUCGUCACCUUUGUGGUGCAAUCGUGGCCCAGCGCAUAUAAGGACCCACGGAAGCCCGGAUAUUUUGAUUACUGGCCGGACUAUGUCUUGCUGGCCAUCUUUUCCGUCUUUACGUAAGUCUCAGCACACCGGGAAUGCUUGCAAUUUUAUCGCAGCUCAUCGAUCUCCGCCCGGCCUAUAGUCUCGAGGUCGUCGCACGGGUGGUCGUUUCGGGCCUUUUGAUCAACCCCCCACCCCUCGUUUACGAAGGCGUGGUGGGCGGCUCGGUUACCAAUCAUGACCUUCAUCACACAGGUCGCAUUGAUGGUUCGGAAGAUGCCAAGGUCGAAUCGACAGAUAAGCUCGGCUCUUUGGAGGACCCAAACUCUGUAGCAGCAAGGCGGCGAAGAAUGUCGAAGUCCAACACGCUCGACACAUUUGCUGAGCUAGGUGAUUCGCUCAAGAAUCGCGCUAACGUCAUGCUGUAUCGGCACCGCGACGAUCACAUGGGUGCCAGCACGGCGUCAAGGAAGUCCUAUCUGGAGCACGGACCUACUGCGAAUGUAUCCAAACUUCAGGCCCAGUCUCCCAAUACAUCGCCAAGGCUAGUGACUUCGCAGAAACUCGCACCUGAUGGUAGAAUGGGCUUCAGCGAGUGGGGCGAUACUAUCGCGCCGAGCUCUCGACCGGGCGCCUCGCAGAAGCAGGAGAGCAGCACGAUACCACCACAAGCCUCUGAUGCUGGAGCCAAGUUUCUUGCGUCACGUCCGCUUCCCUUCGCUCAAGCUAUCCUCGCGCAGCGAGCGCAAGCUGCGAACUACGCUUACUUGCGACACAGCUGGAAUCGCGUUGACCUGUUGUCUGUCAUUUGCUUCUGGGUUGCUUUCUUACUCGGCAUCUUUCACGCCGAGCAGACCUCAGACCGACACCUCUACAUUUUCCGAGCAAUUGCCGUCCUCCGCGCGGCUCGUCUGCUCACAGUCACGAAUGGCACGACGACCAUUCUGGCGAGUCUAAAAAUGGCAGCCCCAUUGCUAGUCAACGUCGCAUUCUUCACUGGGUUUGCGAUGUUGCUCUUCAGCAUCAUCGGCGUACAAGCUUUCCGAGGCAGCCUGCGAAGGAGCUGCAUCUGGGUCGGUGACUACGACAGUGAACCCGGCACCAACUAUACCCUUAGCCAGUUCUGCGGCGGGCACGUUGACGUCGCUAGUGGUCAAGUGGUCGGUCCGCUCACCGAAGCUGGCUCCUCACUCGGAAGUCCGAAGGGCUACAUCUGCCCGCGCGGAUUGGUUUGCGUAAGGAGUGAGGAAAACCCCGAGGGCGGAACAAGAAGCUUUGACCACAUCUUUGCUUCUUUGCUACAAGUCGUCAUCAUCAUUGGUGGUAAGUUGUCGCUUGGCGAUGAUAUCGACUGCCUUCAUCCAGGCCCUUCACUGAUAGCAUCAUCGUUGCGCGUCGGUCAGCCAACAAUUGGUCGGACACCAUGUACGACAUUGUGGACACUGAGCCUUUCGUGUCUUGUCUUUACUUCAUUGUCGCCGUCAUCCUUCUCAAUUUCUGGCUGGCGAACUUGUUCGUUGCCGUGAUCACGAACACUUUUGCAACGAUUACGGCCGAAACGAAGCAUUCCGCUUUCGCUGACGAGAAGUAAGUACACGCUGGUUGAUCUUUGCUUGCAGCUCUUCCCUCACCGCCCAACUUUCGCCUGCCCUCAGAAUCCAAGUCGCUGCUGUCCCAAAAGAGGAGGAGAACAAUGCGAUGGCGCAGUAUCGCAAGCGAGUCGCAAACGUGUACAAGCAAAUUUGGGGAUGGACAAAGUACUUUUGGCUUCUUGCCAUCAUUACCGACCUUGGCUUGCAAGCAAGCCAGGCAUCAUAUAACACCGAGGAGGAAGAGCGCCGCGGCUACUUAGCCGAGCUUGCCCUGACCGUCCUCUUCGAUGUCGAGAUCCUUUUGAGGUUCAUCUCCUUCGUGCUUGACCGCGACUCGCGCGGUUUCUUCGCCUCUCGACGCAAUCUGGUCGACUUGUUCUUGGCUCUCAUCACCUCGAUCAUCCAAAUCCCCGUCAUUCAUUCGAGCGCCGCCUAUCCUUGGCUGACCUUCUUCCAAUUGGCUAGGUUCUAUCGUGUUAUCGCAGCAGUCCCGCGCAUGCAAGCUCUCUUGAUCCGAGUUUUUGGUUCAAUGAGCGGUCUCAUCAACACAACCCUCUUCUUGAUCUUGAUGAUUGGACUCUCCGCCCUGCUAGCUGCCCAGCUGCUACGUGGAGAGCUCCCACAAGAGGAUGACGACGGAGGAGUCUCAACCUUCUUAAAUUAUGGUCGGUAUUGGUACAGCUUCGCAGGUCAGUGGCAAAUCAUGACUGCAGAAGACUGGCCAGAUCGGCUUUACAGCAGUCUCGAAGCUGGCUCUCAGUACAAGCAAGCCGUCAUCGUCGGCAUCUUUCUCGGGGGCUGGAUGAUGUUUGCCAACUUCAUUGUUCUGAGUCUGUUCGUUGCCGUCAUCAACGAGAACUUCAGCGUUGCAGAGGGCCAAAAGCGCGCACAGCAGCUGGAAAUGUACUUGCAGAAGCUAGGAGAGCCUAGACAAGCCCUACCAGCACGACUAUUGGACCAAUUCAGUCCCUAUCGCUGGUUACGCGAACGCAACCAAGCAAAGAUGUCGCAAGGCACUGGGAUGUCGCAAGGAGCCAAGGCUGUGGACGAAGAGAAGCGGCGGCGAAUGACUCUGCAUCAGGUCGUCAACCCUUCAAGGAUCAAGCGUAUCAUGGACACCGUUAAGAAGGUUUUGCGUCUAGACGCGCCCGAGGAGCAUGUCCCACUGGACACUAUCCGUGCUCGAGAUGCCAGACGGUCAGUUUCCGGAGAGUCUAUGCUACAGGGUGCUUUGCGAGCGCAGCAGGAUCCGGACGGGCGUAGGUCACGGCGCAUGCCAUCGCGCGGUGAUUCGAUCUUUGACACACUCACAGAAGAUGAGCAGGCGCGACUUUUUGCUCGAGAGCGUCAGUUGUCUCGCAUGCGCACCGACUUUGGUCUUGGUCUCGCCGAGCCACCCUCUCAGUCUGCGAUCAACGCCGAGCACGCCACCCGCUGGCAACACGACCCGCGCAUCGCCCAGGCCCGCCUCAUGAACACACAUCCUUCUUAUGAAAAGUCGCUCUGGCUUUUCUCCAGCAGGAACCCCUUCCGACGAUUCUGUCAGAGCAUUGUUCCUCCGAGUUACGGAGAGCGUCUUUUCGGACGACCGGUCUCACGCAGUCGUCACACAGUGUACCAGAUAGUUAUGUUCCUCACCAUCGCUGCUUCAAUUGUUGUAGCUGGCGUCGCGACACCAACAUACCGCCGCGACUGGUACAGAGAGCAUGGCCUGAAGCGAGGCUCUUGGUUCAGUAUCACGGAAGUUUCGCUCAGCGUCGUCUUCCUCCUGGAAUUCUUCCUAAAGGUCGUCGCGGACGGUUUGGCCUUCACGCCGAACGCUUAUCUUCUUUCCGCCUGGAACUCUCUCGACCUUUUCGUGCUCGCUACUCUAGUCGUCAACGUGAUUACAGAGCUGGCAGUCAUUGGAGGUGUCAGCCGCUUCACGCGAUCUCUGAAAGCUUUCAGAGCAUUGCGUCUCAUCAAUCUGGCCAGCGUACUCCGCAACACAUUCCACGCGCUGGUUGCAGGUGGCGGUCGCUUCAUCGAUGCAUCCGUGCUCGCAAUCCUCUACAUCGUCCCAUACGCUGUUUGGGGACAGAAUCUGUUCAGCGGCCUGCUGUAUGCUUGCAACGACACGGGCGACGCCAUCGCGGUCAAAGCCGAUUGCAUCGGAGAAUACUCGGCUACUGCAUCCCAAUGGAGCUUUUUGGCGCCUCGUGUAUGGGACAACCCAACAGACGGCAGCGUGUACUCCUUCGACGACUUCCGCUCUGCCCUUCUCAUCCUCUUCGAAAUUGUCUCGUUGGAGGGGUGGGUGGCAGUCAUGACACGUGCCAUGAGCAUCGUGGGCCGAGACCAGCAGCCCCAACCCGAUGCCAGGCAGAUCAACGCACUUUUCUUUCUGGUCUACAACCUCGUCGGCGCCGUCAUCGUCUUGACGAUUUUCGUGUCCGUCAUCAUCGAGCAGUUUCAGACAUUCUCAGGCGCGGCAUUCUUGACGAAUGAACAACGCCAAUGGGUCGACCUGAAGCGUCUCAUCAAACGACAGCGACCCUCUAAGCGGCCCAAGGUGCAGCCGAAGGAUGCAGUCCGCGCCUGGUGCUUUGCACGUGCAACACAAAAGCACGGCUGGUGGUCGCGCAUGAUGACAUUCCUCUACUUUUGCAACAUCAUCGUUUUGGCUACACAGCAAUUUUCUGAUCCAGUCGAGGUAGAAAGGGCACGCGACUGGGUCUAUGUAGGAUUCGCAGUCAUCUACGCGAUCGACAUCAUCGUUCGCUUGAUGGGUCUAGGCUGGCGGGCGUACAAGAACAACUUCUGGAACAUCUACGAUCUAGUCGUCGUUGCUGGUACCUUUGCUACCACACUGCCUCUCCUCUCGCCUACAGAACUUGCCAGCACGGUCGACGUGCAGCUCCAAAAGAUCUUUCUCACAGCCGUCGCAUUCAAGCUUGUGCAGAAGAACAAUGCUCUAAAUCAGCUUUUCAAGACUGCUGUAGCCUCGCUGCCAGCCAUCGGUUCGCUGUUCGCCCUGUGGUUGGUGUUCUUCAUCACCUUUGCAAUCAUGUUCGUGGAAGUCUUUGGACUUACGCGCUGGGGCGAGAAUGAGACCUACUCGAAGAACUUCUCGACCUUCUUCGGCAGUGUCAUUUUCUUGAGCGCGCUCUCGACCGGAGAAGGUUGGAACCAGUACAUGCACGACUACACGGUGCAACCCCCGGAAUGCACUCCAGCAGCAAGCUACCUCGACACUGAUUGCGGAACGUCGUCAGGUGCGCUCACCCUUUUCAUCGCGUGGAACGUGAUCUCUAUGUACCUGUUUUUGAACAUGUUUACAGGUACUGUGGUCGAGAACUUUUCUUACGUCUUUCAGCUCGGAGGCAAACCGACGCUAUCUCGCGAACAAAUGCGCGCGUUCAAGAAGACCUGGGCAGCUUUCGACCCCGAACGGAAAGGCUACCUUCAGCCAGCUCGCAUCGUCCCUUUUUUGAAUGCCCUCAACGGGAUCUUCGAAGUCCGAGUCUACCCGCAAGAAGGGCGUCUCUCGACGCUCCGAGCUGCCGCCACGCCCGGGGCGAGCGAGGCUAUGCCGGCCAGUCCGUCCAGAGGCGGUGUGACUGGUGCCGCUUCCGAGGCACUCGCACGUUUGCGGGGCACCUCACCGCUCAGCGCUACCCCUCGCUCGGAAGAUGAGGGAGCAGGGAGACCGGCUUUCGCCUGGCCGCCUACUUCACAGCCCGCCCGAAUCGUCGCUGGUAUCGACGUCGACAAGCUUGGCACAGCUAUAGCCAAGUUGGACUCGGCGCAGAUCAAGGAGCGUCGCCGUCGCUUCGAACGAAUUUACCAGGAAAUGAUGAUCGCCAUACAAGAGAAACAUCGGGAGGAAAAGGGCCUCCCCUUCACGGAUGCGCUCAUCAUCCUAGCGCACCACCUUAUCAUCGACGAUGAGCAAGCGCUGAGCCUAGAGGAACUGCUCGAGCGCCGCAUGCUAUGGGUGAAGGUCGACAUGCGCAUUGAAGCUAACAUCGUACGCGGAAUGCUACGACAAAUGUACCUGCGCCAGCGCUUCCUUGCAGUGCGAGAAGAGCGAAGGCGUGCUAGUGUAUCAGAUGCCCCAAUUCCCACCAUCAAUGUGGACGCCCCAGAAGCUCGAGCCAGCACAGGCUCUCGACAGACAAGACCUCAGCUUCAGCUCAACACUUCGAGUGCCGUCGUAACCCCGCCAGCUGGUCUGGCUGUUGACCAAGAUUACAUGAGUGCCGGUCUGAAGCCCGGAGAGGAGCGACUUUCGCCCAGUCGUCGUAAUCCCGAUGGCGCCGUGUCGCCCGCGAUCACUAUCAGCCCUGCUGAUGUCAGCCUGGAAGAACUGGUGCGACGGGCAUCGCCUCUUAUCGAGAGCUUCCAACACACUGCGUGGGGCGGCUUGGCAAGAAGAGUCUCCCGAGACGCCCGCGAUCUCGGCUCGCCCCCAAUCGCACCGGCUGCUGGAGAGAAUCCUUGGCAGCGGUCCCCAGAACCCUUUGCAGAUGAUCCUACCAGUGCGGCUCAACGAGCCGCCCACAUGUACGGUGAUGUGCUGCCAAGUCAUCAAGAGUCUCGCCCUAGAACAUCUCAUGACGCCCCCGAGACCUCCAGACACGCAGGAGACCAACAGAAUCCGUCUGACAGUGAACGCUUCGAUACGCCCGCUCAGGAAGGCGGCUCUGGGACACUCGGACUCCGAGGCUAUCGCGACAAUUUCUUGUGA